UGGAAGGCCACAACGUUGUCAUUCAUCUAUUGUGCUAACCAGCUUGUCCUUCCUCAAUCAUGUCCGAAUCAUCACAUCGCCUGCCCUUUCCAACCUCGUCCGAAGAGUUUGCACUCCCAUCAACGUCGAGCGCGGCAUCUUCCACAUCAGCAGAUGAUGGACUGCCGAAUCCACUGUUCUUGAGACUGCGACGACCGACAUUACUCUCAAAGUCAUCGUACUAUUCAGACAAGAGAAUACAAAGUCCAUUGGCAAUCUCGUUCACGGUGCCCUCCAGAAGACGAGGGAGCAAUGGCGAAGAAUCAGAAAGCGACAGAGAGAGAAUGUGGUCUGAAAGCUCUCCAUCAAGCAGCUCAGGAAAUCCAACACCUCCCAUUACUCUUCCACUGGAAGGAGAUGACGAAAGCAACGCUAGCACACGCAGUGUUGGGCCCAGUCCCUCAACACCGCCGCCAAGUCGUAGCUUGAGCACCAACGCACUAGUACUACAAAGCGACGCUGUAGACACGCCUAUCCCAAUACUGCGCCGUCCUACUUAUCCACUGAAGCCUCCGCGCAUAUUAAACCUACUAGCAGAACCACGCCCAGAGGAGGACGAACUUAAUUCUGAGGCAGCUUUCCAACGCCUGUUGGCAUCCUACUCUGACCUCCCCUCGCAACCCCGUACACCUCGUGCACCAUCAGACCGUGGUCGCUACCCUGAAGAAGUUGGCCACGAGGAUUCGCACGAGGAUGCAUUGAGUGACGAUGAUGACGACGACGACGUCCAGGGCCUCUUUGCAUUUGACGCACAGAAUGACUUAAACAACAUCAAGCCUUCAAGUUGUACCACCCCUGCCCAGAGUGUAAACGGCGAUGAUUUGAGCAUGUCUCUGGCAGAAAGCCCGAUGGGAGUAGCCAUGGAUGUAGACCCCCCUAUGGUAUCUCCCUCCAUCACUUCCACUCCCAUGUCUAUUCAAUGGCGAUACACGCCACCACCAACCACAAGCGCUGUGCGCUCGAACAAGCGUAAAUUGGACGAUCGGUAUGAUCCAUAUCCUACAUCUGCGAAACGUCGUGCUGUAUCGCCUUCCAUAUCGUACCUUCGGGAAACACACCCCUCACUCGUGUCGUACCCUCGGACACCUAGUUCCAGGCCUCCUGUCCCGAUUCCUCUUUCUAUUCCUCCAUCUAAUUCCAGUACAUCAGCCACUUCAUCGCCCACCGUGACGUCCGGUUACCCCUUUCAAACUUACCCGAGUUCACGGCAGGUGAACCUAGGAACCAUGAGCUUAUCUUCCAGCCCUGUACUUCGGCCUUCUUUAGGGCUUGUGAGCCCGAUUUUACGUCCGAUUUUGCGGACGCGGAGAGGAGCUGACGGCGAGGAAAGAGAGAUAGAGGGUGCAGGCGAAGCCGUGAACGGAUUGUCACUAGGCUGAGUGACCGCAAAAAGGGCACCCUAAGUGGCACGCAGAAUAGUAAUUCUGGUCGCUUUAUCUGCGAUUACUGAUCAGGCUUGCACAUACUGCACGGGCCAUUUUGCUUCCGCGCACGCUCAGAUCGGACUGCUUUCUGGGUAUUUGAGGCCCAUCGUUCUAUCUAUCCGAUUGGUGGGCUGAUACAUCUCACUGCGAAGCGGUUCCGCAUUGUACAGUUGCAUUGGGAAGUUAGUUCAAGUGCUCGACAUAACAUCACGUGAUAUUAUUGGAAUAAAUGCUUCGAAGUUCUUAGCUUGCCACGAUGGGU